AUGACGGGCACGGCACCGCACGAGAUGAAGGAGAAGGAUCCGAAGACCUCGCCGAGUUCGAACCAGAAGGAUGGCAAGAAGUCUUCCAAGCGCUACGUCAUCCUCGCCCUGGGCGGUGUGCUGGCACUGGCUGCGGCAUACAUUUACAAGAAGGGCGGCAAAGAGGAGUUGAUGAACAUCACCCGCGAGACGCUGCUGUCUUUGCAAUCGUUGCGGGACUAUGGGGCACUUGGUUAUGUGUCCUUCAUCUUUGCUUUCGUAACCAUGCUUACCCUGUGUCUUCCCGCAACAGCAAGGGCAUCCCGGCUCGGGCUCAAAGAGGGUGUGCUGAAUUCCUGCCAAAUAUGUUUGCAUGAACGCAUGGGCUUGGGCGAUGAGCGAAUUGUGAAUCCCAAAGCAGUGUCAAAGUCACUGCGCUGCGUUAUCUGUACCGACGUUUUCAUCGACCCCGUUUCUGCAAACGGUUUGGGCCAUUGCCAGCACGUCUUCUGCCGAAGCUGCAUAGAGCGUGCACUUCUGCGCCGACACGCUUGUCCUACUUGCAAUGCCGUCAUGCAUGCCUCCGAGCUCCAGCGCAACAUCCUUGCACAGUCGCUGCUAGAUGAGAUUGAGAUUAGAUGCUCCUGUUCUGAUUGCAAUUGGACUGGUCCACAAGAUCAGCUUGCUGCCCACGAAGCAAAGUGUCCCGUCGUGGCUCGCGACAGCCUUCGGCGUGUUGUCGCCGCGCAGCAGGUUCAGUUAAACAUGCUCCAGGACCAGGUCACUCAAUUGGCCAAGGAGUGCUCUGCGCGAAUGCAGCAUGAGAAAGAUAUGGAGAUGCAGGUGCAGAUGCUGGAAGAAGAAAACCGGGAAAAGGACGACAUGAUCGCCAGCCAGCAGCAGCAGCUUGAAAUUGAGCAGGAAGAGGUCCUCCGAGCGCAGCGCCAGGCCAGGGACCAGGAGGCGCGCGGGAACCUCAACUGGAUCCAGGUGAAGAGAGUAGACUGGGAUGGCGACCUGUCCGUGAAUCCAUCGCGUGUCAAGGGCUUCCAGGUUGCAGUGGAAGCCCGCGGACAUGGCACACUUCUCUUGAAAUCCAUCACGCAAGCGGCAGAUGGUGACUUGGUAGUGGAUGUGGCACUUGGCAACAUCUAUGGUGCAGUCCUCGGAGUCACCGCGUCCGUUCUGGCAAAGACGGUGAGUGCAUUGCUGUCGCUUUUCAUCGGUCGCAUUUUCGGAAAGGCCUUGGGCCUAGAGUUCCCAGAAAUCCUGCAGAAGCGCAUGGGCGCUGUGCAGAAGCGCCCGCUCCAGGCCCUUUUCCUGGCUAGGUUAGCACCCAUAUCCACAGGGGUGAAAAACUACGCCCUUGCCUUGCUGCCGGCAGAGGACGUGCCGCUGCUGCCGUAUACAUUGGCAGUACUUGCCGCGAACCUGCUGGUGACGACGGGAAUUUGUGUCCUGGGC